CGAUUCUGCCUGCGCCGCCGCCAAUUUCAGCCCGUCUCCAUCUCCGUCAUCGCCGUCGCCGUCGCCGUAGCCGUAGCCGUCGCCAACGCCGCCGCCACCUCGUCUACGUUUCUGCAAUUGUGCUGAAAGUCAAGUCGAUUGCCUCCCGCCGCCAGCUGGAAGUCGAUUCUACGGCAAUAUUUCAAGAGCAGCUACAACAACAACAACAGCAACAACAACGAGAUUUGUUUUUUAGCUAUACAAAUUUGAUGCAAAUUUCUGUGAACUUGCGCCAACAAAUUGCGAAAAUGUGUUGCAAAUCUAACGCCAUGUGGAAAUCUCUAACGUCAUCGAGUGACCAGCAACAGCAACAACAACAACAACCUGUGACGACAACCACAACAACAACACAGAGCACACAAUGUCAUGGCCAGAGCCAAAGGCACAAAUGCAGCAACAACAACAACAACUACAAGAGCCAGCCGCAUAUUCUGGUCCGAAUUUGUACCCUCGUCUUUAUGGUGAUGAUUGCCCUGAAUCAACUGGAAACUGCAGCAGCCGGAUUUCGAGAGGGCCUUUCGGGCAUUAUGGAAUCCUGUGCCAACGAGGGCGAAGAGGUGCAAAUCAAAGGCAUACAGAACGCCAAAUGCUUCAAGUGCACUUGCCAGAAUGGCUUUGUGAACUGCGACAAGAGCUGCCCCUCAAUUGAUGAUUGCUAUUUGCUCGACUCCAAAUCAUCCAACGACACCUGCUGUCGCAAGUGCAAAGGCUGCAUAUAUCGCGGAGUGCCCUAUGCGAGCGGCGCUGAAUGGAGCGACCCGGAUGAACCCUGCAAGACGUACAAGUGCAUCGCCAGUGUUGUCACCGAAACAACACAGAAAUGUUAUUCACAGUGCGACGAUAAUCAGUUGACAGCGCCACGCCCCGGCGAAUGCUGUCCAACAUGUCAGGGUUGCAAGAUCAAUGGCCAGACCGUUGCCGAAGGCCAAGAGGUUGUCGCCUCGAUCGACGAUCGCUGCUUGGUCUGCCAAUGCAGCGGCAACAAGUUGAGCUGUGCCAAAAAGACUUGCCCCAUACUCCAGUGCCCCAAAACGAAGCAGAAGCAGCUGCCCAACGAGUGCUGCCCACGCUGCACCGAACAGCGCGAAUUUGUGGCAGUCAAAGGCAAGUGCAUAUUCAACAAUAAGCUGUACUACGACAAGACGCAGUUUACGCCGGAUCGCUGCACUAAUUGCACCUGCCUGAACGGCACAUCGAUUUGCCAGCGUGCCACAUGCCCCAUACUGGAGUGUGCGCCGGAGUUCCAGGAGGAGGACGGCUGCUGUCCGCGCUGCAUUGUGGCCGAGGUGCGCAGCGAGUGCACCGCCCAGGGCGUCACCUACAUGAACAACGAGACCUGGAACAUGGGACCCUGCCGCAGCUGCCGCUGCAUUGGCGGCAACAUCCGCUGCUCGGAGAUGCGCUGCCAGCCGGUCAAGUGUCGACCCAACGAGGAACUGAAGGUGCCCGCCGACGAGUGCUGUCCCAAGUGCCUCGAAACUGCCGGCACUUGCACGGUCUUCGGCGACCCGCACUUCAAGACCUUCGACGGCAAAUUCUUCAGCUUCCAAGGCAGUUGCAAGUAUUUGCUGGCCGCUGAUUGUUACGGUCACAACUUCUCCAUACGGCUGACUAACGAUGGGCGUGGCACGCGGCGCUCGUCCUGGCCCAAGACGGUGACGCUCAAGCUGCGCGGACUACGCAUCAAUCUCGGCCAGAAGCUGAGAGUCAAAGUGAACGGCACGCGGGUCACGCUGCCCUAUGCGGACCACAGCAGCAGCAGCAGCGAGAAUGGCCAUGGCCACAAUGUGAGCAUCGAGCGCCUGGCGGAGGGUGGCAUUAUGCUGAGGACGGAGCUGGGACUGAGCAUCGAGUGGGAUGGCAACAACUUUCUGCAGGUGUCGGUGCCGGCGCAGUACAAGCGCCACCUGUGCGGGCUGUGCGGCAACUACAAUGGCAGCGGGCGGGACGAUCUGACGGGCAGGGAUGGGCACUCACACAGCGACGAUGAGGUGUGGCACUUUGCCAACUCAUGGAAGGUGGGCGGACCGAAGUCGUGCUCCAGGCUGAGGGAUAAUAUCGUGGCGCAGCCGACGUGCAACAAGCGUAAGCCCAACUUCUAUUGCCGGCCGCUGCGCAUCUCGGAAGUAUUUGGAAACUGUGAUAGUAGACUUAAUCCCACGAACUACAUCGACUCCUGCCGCAUGGACGUCUGCGAGUGCCCCACGGGCAGCUGCCACUGCGACAGCUUUGCUGCCUAUGCCCACGAGUGCCGCCGCCUCGGCGUCCAGCUGCCCGACUGGCGUACUGCGACCAAUUGCCCCCUGGGCAGCUGGCGGCGCAACGCCACCGAUGCCAACUAUCGCGGCAACAGCUUCUACGGGGAUCCGAGUUUACUCACUGGAGGCGCCGGUGCUGGCGGUGCGUACAAGGCGCGACGCCGCAAGCAACAACAGCACCGACUGCAGCAGCAGCAGCGGCGACGACAGCAGRACGAGCUGCAGGAAAAUGAAUACAUCAAGAAACAUGUACCCAAUAAAUUUUUAAGGCCGCGUGCGCCGGCUCGCACGCCGCCGCCCAUACACUAAGCACUGAGCAUGGAUUUAAUUAUAAUUUAGUUUCUAUACUCUCACACACUCACACUCACACAGCCAACACACACGCAUGCACACACACAAAUUCUCAAGCAGGCUAAAAACAUUACCUGAAAUGCCAAUGAUACGAGCUGUAGCAAAAUAAUAAAAAGCUUUCGCCCAGCUUUGAGCUAGCUUAUCAACUGAGCUUGCUUUUGUCGCUAUCCCAGCCAAGCUUAAGCUUUCAGCCAGUGUCAUUGGGCAGUUCGUUAGCAUGGUUAGAGGCAAAGUUCCAGAUACGACAUUUGAUUUGUAUGUACUCUUAGUUGAAUCGCGUAUACGCACCCAUGACAGCACCAGUAUUAAGCUAAGCAUUAUCAUCCACCCCAGGUCCGACAUCCGCGACAAUCUCUCUGGUGUUAUAUACAUACUCUGUUAGCGAACCAUCUCAUGCUUGCCGCCUGAUCCAUACAUUCAUAAAAUGCAUUCGUUGUCGCCAUUUUGUUUAGUUCGAUAAGUUUUAUUUAUUUUAGUUGAUAAGUUCUAAAGAAAUUUGAGUCCGGCCUAAGUACUACUUGAGAGUAUGUUAUGUGUCUGUUACUCUAUGGUUUUUUAAUGUAUUUGUAUGUGUGUAUUAUCGCUUAAAUAAACUUCAUACUACUCGAUUACUUAACUCGAUAACGAUAACUUAGUGUACUUAUACUAUAUAUAUAUUAAACUAUUU